AUGUCACAAUUAACACCUAUUGCUACUUAUAACUUGGCCCUUAAGCCAUUCCAACCACUUCCUGCCAUUGAGGAGGACUUUCCCGUAACCAUUAGGCUUACUUUGGCCUCAUUGGACCCAGAGGCAGAAGAUGAUAAAGCAGAACCUUCUACCUUGAGAAUUUUGAAAAAGGCAGCAUUUGAUGAGGACGAAGAAGACGAAGAAGAUGACUAUGACGAGGAAGAUGAGGAAGAUGAAUUAGAUGAAGAAGAAGAGGUUACUGUAAAAUCGAAUGGUUCAAAAAAUGACAUAGAGGUUGACGAAAAAGUCGAAGAGGAUGACGAGGAUGAGGAAGAAGAAGAUGAUGAAGAGGAGAGCGAUGGGGACGAUGAGGACGAUUUAGACGAUGACAUUGCUGAAUUUGUUGUUUGUACUUUGUCCCCAAAACACCAAUACCAACAAACACUUGAUCUUACAAUCACUCCGGAUGAGGAGGUUUACUUUGUUGUCACCGGUUCUUACCCAAUUCACUUGACUGGUAACUAUAUUGAGCACCCGGCUGAUGAAAGUGAUGAAGAUGAAGAAGAAUACGGUGAAUACGAUGACGAAUAUGACUUGUCACCAGAUGAAGAUGAAAUCAUUCAUGGAAUUGACUUCAACGAAGCUUACGAUGAGGAUGAAGAUGAUGAAGAUGAUGAAGAUGAUGAAUAUGACAGAGAGGAAUCAGCAGAGCCUGGAAAAAUACAAGAAAUAAAGGAUGAAGAAGAAGCAAAGGCAAAUGGUGAACAAACUAAUAAAAAAAGAGCAGCAUCUGAAGAGGAAUCAAAAAAAUCCAAGAAGGCCAAAAAGAAUGCUGCAAAGAAGGAAGAAAAAAAGUCUGUCCAAUUUUCUGAAGAAUUAGAGCAGGGCCCUACGGGAUCCACCUUGGCCAAAGACAAGAAGGAGAAAAAGAGUGCAGAGUCAGAUAAAGCUUCCAAAGAUAAGAAGUACCCAACAAAGACAUUGUUAGGAGGUGUCAUAACUGAGGACAGAAAAGUUGGCUCUGGUCCAACUGCAAAGUCCGGAAACAAGGUUGGUAUCAGAUACAUUGGUAAGUUGAAAAAUGGUAAGGUGUUCGACAAAAACACUUCAGGCAAACCAUUCAGCUUUAAAUUGGGUAAAGGUGAGUGUAUCAAAGGAUUUGAUCUUGGAGUUACAGGUAUGAGUGUUGGAGGUGAAAGGAGAGUCAUUAUUCCAGCCAAGAUGGGAUAUGGAUCUCAAGCCUUGCCAGGAAUCCCAGCCAACUCCGAGUUGACUUUUGAUAUAAAAUUAGUUUCUUUAAAGUAG